ACCAAAUGCUUUCUCAGAAAUCUCGACGUAUUCUCUUCUCCCUUCGUUUUUGGGUGUUGACCCUCAAACCCAACCUUAUUCCUUCAAUCUCACUCUCACGACGUCGUUUCUCUUCUUCUCCGUCUUCCUCUUCGUCAUGGCUAUCCGUGCCCGGAAACCCAAUCAUCCAGUGGCCCUCACUAUCAAUCACCAAACCUACUCAGAACCCGAACCCGAACCCGGGAUCCGAAUCUUCUUAUCCGGACUCCGACUCUGACUCCGACUUCUCGCGCAAUGAUUUCUCUCUUAUUGCCAAUCUCUUCACCGACCCUUCCAUUUCUCCGGGCCCAGUCCUCAACGCCGAACUCGACCGGUCCGGAAUCGAACCGGGUCCGGUUCUCCUGCGCACUGUGUUCGACCAUUUCGGCUCGUCCCCGAAGCUCCUGCACUCGCUGUUCCUCUGGGCCGAGAAGAGACCCGGAUUCAGACCCGACCCGAAGCUAUUCGACUCCAUGGUCAACGUUCUUGCCAAGUCGAGGGAGUUUGACUCCGCUUGGACUCUCAUUCUCGAUCACACCGAUAGAGACGAGGAAGAAACCUUGGUUUCCAUUGGUACAUUUGCUAUCAUGAUUCGACGCUACGCGCGUGCAGGUAUGCCCAAAGCUGCAAUUAGAACAUUUGAGUUUGCUAGAAAGAGUAAGUCAAUUGUGGAUUCUGGCUCGGAAAUGAGUUUAUUUGAGAUAUUGAUGGAUUCACUUUGUAAAGAAGGGUCUGUAAGGGAAGCUUCAGAGUAUUUCCUUAAGAGAAAGGAGAUGGAGUUGUGUUGGGUUCCUUCGAUUCGGGUUUAUAACAUAAUGUUAAAUGGAUGGUUUCGGUCGAGGAAACUAAAACAUGGUGAGAGGCUUUGGGAAGAGAUGAAGAAGGAGAAUGUGAGGCCGAGUGUUGUGACAUACGGUACACUUGUAGAAGGAUAUUGUCGAAUGCGCCGUGUUGAAAAGGCACUUGAAAUGGUUGGUGAUAUGGCCAGAGAAGGAAUUGAACCGAAUGCAAUUGUGUAUAACCCAAUAGUUGAUGCAUUGGCUGAAGCUGGGAGAUUUAAAGAGGCUUUGGGUAUGAUGGAGCGUUUUCAUGUUUUAGAAAUUGGUCCCACUGAAUCAACAUACAAUUCUCUGGUGAAGGGGUUUUGUAAGGCAGGAGAUCUUGUAGGUGCAAGUAAGAUUCUGAAAAUGAUGAUAAGUAGGGGUUUUGUCCCUACUCCCACCACCUAUAACUACUUUUUUAGGUACUUUUCAAGAUGUGGAAAAAUUGAGGAGGGGAUGAACUUGUAUACCAAGAUGAUUGAAUCUGGUUAUACCCCAGAUCGGCUAACUUACCAUCUUCUGGUGAAGAUGUUAUGUGAAGAGGAGAGGUUAGACUUGGCAGUUCAAGUUAGCAAGGAAAUGAGGCAUAAAGGAUAUGACAUGGACUUGGCUACGAGUACCAUGUUUGUUCAUUUGCUUUGCAAAAUGCAUAGGUUGGAAGAGGCUUUUGUGGAAUUUGAGGACAUGAUACGGAGGGGUUUAGUUCCUCAGUAUCUCACUUUCCAGAGAAUGAAUGCUGCCUUAAAGAAAAAAGGUAUGAAUGAAAUGGCUGAAAAACUUUGCAGCUUGAUGUCUUCUGUUCCCCAUUCUAGCAACUUGCCAAACACUUAUAAUGAAGAUAGGGAUGAUGCAUAUGCACGAAGAAAAUCUAUAAUUCAGAAAGCUGAAGCAUUUUCUGACAUGCUGAAGAACUGCAAGGACCCUAGAGAACUUGAGAAGUAUACAAGUUCAUCAGAAAAUGAUGUUUCAAGCGCAAACUGUUUGAUAGAGGAUAUUAAGAAAAAGAUAAGUACAAGAUGAACAUAUUCUGCGAUCAGCAGGGAGCAAUUACUGACAGUUUGAACACAUGGGAAUCAGUUCACAUUUGUUCACAGCAGGGAAUCAGAGCCUUUUGUACAAAAAAUUUCGGCUGCACUUCCUAUGCUAUAUGUAGGCGUCACAGCAAUAGUAAGUGGGUCAGUGAACUGAUUUACUAUUAUCUACUUUAGCAUGUGCAAACAAUGGUGUUUCUUUGUUCAGAAAUGUGUAUCAAUUGAGAUGGCGGCAUGGAGUUAAUAGUUCAAGAGGCCUUUUAGAGGUUUUGACUGGAGUAAUCUUCAUUGCUCUUCUUUAACCAAGUUUAUGUGAUGCUUUGCUGGUAGCUGGAGUUCUGAGCCAUGCAUACUCCAGAAGAUGUGUCUGAUGAUCAAUAUCUCUGGAGGGGUUUUUUCUUUUUGCUGUUAAAUUAUCUAGACCGACUCAAUAUUCAGGUACUACUCUUUGGUGUACUUUAUUCUUGCUGUUGGAAUUCACAGAAAAUUGCUUUGCGUAUCCAUCAUAAGGCUGGUGCAAAUCCCAGUAAUCUUCUGAUGGAUCAAGCAAAAGGGGUUGUUUAAGUGAAAUUUUGUGGCAUAAAUUUGUAUCUUUUUUGCUUAGUUAAUAUGCUCAUCUCUGCCAUAGAAAGCACUUCCGCUUUCCUUUGUAUAAAAUUAUCAUUGUUUUGAAAUUAUAUUGGAAAUUUGGAAGAAUUAUAAAACCACUUCCCAUUAAACUCCAAUUAGCGAUGGUAGGGGUAAGACAAUCCUUGUAUGCAGCUUUACCCUUUUAUAUUGGAAGAAUUUUAAUGUAGAAUUUUAAUUUCCAACCAAAUGAAUGGUUAGUCAUGUCAACAUAUUGGCCAUCUUUCCUCAUUGUUAACCACUUGUUUUGUUCACCAUUUUCAAUUAGAAAUAUUUUGUGUAGUAUAUCCUAAAUUGUAUUUUCCCAAAUAUAUUUGUAUUGGUAAACCGUGAGAAAGGCUUUAUUUAUAUAAAGGACAAAGGACAAACUUCAAUGCACGGAGGUUUCCCAACUUUGUGAGAGGAGGGAUAAGAGUUAAUUGUAUGAGUUCUUACCUUUACUUUUUUGCAAAGAAGUUUCUUAGACUCAAACACAGGAGGGGGCUAGGACCUUCUGGUCACAAAGGCUUUAUUUAUAUCAACCACACCUUUAUCUCAAAUUAAUUGGAGUCGGUGGUAGAUGAACCCAAAUAAAGAUACGAAGGAAUACGAAGGCUUUGUUUAUAUAUUUAAUUAAUUUUUGUUACUAUGGAGGUCCUAACUCGUAGGACCUGGUCAGGGGAGUGGGCCAAAAAGUGGACAGAGCAUGAGAAUAGAGACCAACUUGGGAUUGAACCCCUCACGAGGUGCUUUUUAAGGGAAGCUAGGCCCAGAUGCCACUAGGCUAAUAGAGCACAUUAAAACUUAAUCAUGGUUAUUUUCUUAUGUGCAGGGCGGGCUCAUCUAUUCUUGAGUUACAGCAAUUGCUUCCAGCCUCCCACCGGGGACCAAAGGUCACCAGAUUUCAGAAGUUUCAACAGUGAAGAGAUUAUGAUAAUAGAUAUUUAAUGCUCCUAGAUUAUCCGUAUAUACAUUUUAUGAAGAACUAAUUAAACCCAAAAGCUUAAAUUUGUGACCAAGCUUAAACUUGUGACUUUGUGGUUACUGAAGCUUUAAUA